AUGAAAUCUUUACUUUUAUCAUUGCAGAAUAAUGGAAUUUUCAUUUUUCUAUUAACUACUCGUGUCAGUGGACUAGGAAUCAAUCUUACUGCUGCUAAUCGAGUGGUAAUUUUUGAUCCUGACUGGAAUCCUUCUACCGAUAUUCAGGCACGGGAGCGAGCAUGGCCUAUUGGACAGGAACGUGCUGUUACUAUAUACAGAUUGUUAACCGGUGGCACCAUUGAAGAGAAAAUUUAUCAUACGCAAAUUUUUAAAGUUUUCCUAUCAAAUCGUACAUUGGAUGAUCCGAGACAAAUUGAACUUAUUUAUUAUAUUUCUAUAAACACAGUACAUGUGCAACACACGCACACAUCACCGAGUAAAGACGUAAGCAACGCACGGCUUAAGUUCAGUUUACUGGAUGUCCCGUAUGAGUACAAUGGAGGAACUGAGGCGAUUCGCUAA